GCCAACAAACGAGCUGCUGGGUAAACAACAGUGGAUGCCUCGGAAGGCAGGAAUGGGAACUUCAUACUGGGCAAACAGUGAACCUUUUCCGUCCUGUUAAACGGGAACAGGCUCUCUAGUUCUUCAACCUUCCGACGGUUGACGGGAUGGAAAAGCGACUCAACAUGGCGGAAAAUAAUCGCGUAUUUUAGAAGUAAAGUGGAGCUAGCUUUAGCUUAGCUACGGAGGGCCCGCUGCCUUCGGUUUGGUCUCGCGGCUCAGCUCGGGACUGUGUCAGUUUCACAAUCCGAGCUACAACCUACCUCCGGUCGCGAGCUCAUCGUAGGCCUGCCCGGUUGUAGCUCGGGUGAUCAUCCAGAUAACUGUUCAUUUUACACACCCGGCUCUUAUUUUUCCUCAGGAUUUCAGCUCUUAUGUCUCAAAAAGGACAGUGACAUAUUUUAAAAUAAGGACUUAGACCCAGGUUGUGUGAAAUGUUGCGGUCAGAAGCGUAAGCAUACACGUGAGUGUGCCUGGAGGAAGAGCUGCCACCAUGAAGAGUGAGGUCCCAUCUGAGGCCUCUAGCAGACAGGAGCAUCUGAAGGAGCCACUGGUGAACCAGGAGUCCAUGGAAGCAGCUAAGAACUUCCCCAACAACAUGGAUGUUGCCAGUGAUUUUGCCAGAAAGGCUGCCAGUGAUUUUGAAGCCCUUUGUGAAUCCAGGCACCGGCCCCUGAGGGACACGGGGACCCACAGGGACUCGGAGAGGACCCUGCCGGGGCGGAGGAAAAGAAAGGGGACACAGGCUGGUCCAUCAGACUGCUCGUUGAAAGAGGACCACAUCAGUGAGAACUCCCUGGCACCUCAGCGGGCCAGAGUGGAACUUUUACAGCAUCCCAGUGAGGAUGAACACAACAACGAGUCCUCUUUUAGUGACUGUGCCUCCUCUCCGUCAUCCAGCCUCCGAUUUGGAGACUCGGAAACCCUGAGUUCCGAUGACGAGGCGGGGGAACCCGGCGCGACAGGGGGCCAACACAAGGCUCCUGCCCUACCGACCGGAGGAGGUGCUGCAGUUAGUCUACGCCCUAAUCUAGGCCGAACUCGGAGCAAUCGCUCCCAUAAAUGGGUCCGACCUGAGCCCGAGCCGGUGCUGCUGAAGCGGCCGUGCCUAAGCGGACGGCGGCCGCCGCACCGGAAGCACUUUGGGAAAACGGGUCCUGGGGGAGGUCCACGGACUCAGAAGCAAAAGGAGAGGCUGCUGCUGCAGAGGAAGAAACGGGAAGUGAUUGCACGUAGGAAAUACGCUCUGCUCCAUAGCACUAGCAGUUCCAGUGAAGAGCUCAGUAGUGACUCUUCUUCUGCUUCUUCGACGGAAGCCGAGGAUGAGCUGUAUGUGGAUGUCAGCAGCAGCAGCAGCCAGCCUAACAGUGCUGCUGUAGCUACAGGUGGUCUGGAUGAGGAUGUGGUGGUGAUUGAAGCCUCUCCAGCUCCAGCAGCUGCUGUUCCUGCGAGCGAGGAGAUCAACGUCACCUCAACCGACAGCGAGGUGGAGAUUGUCACGGUUGGAGAUGGAUACAGGUCCCGCUCGGUCGGAGCUCUAAGUAGGAUAUGGGGCAGUAGCUGUGCCCAGAGUCGCCUCCCAGAACCGCGUGGACGUCACCGGCUCUCAACAGUCAUCCAGCCAUUGCGGCAGAACCCUGGGGAGGUUGUGGAUCUCACCGUUGAUGAGGACGAUCUCUCUGUGGUGCCAACAACCUCUGGCAGCAUUCACACUCAGACAGUGAGGUCGUCAACUUCUUCAUCAUCCUCCCAUCUCGCCUCUACCUCCGAGCUCAAUGAUGCCCCGGGCCCUUCUACCAGCUGCGCGGGUUCCGUACCUGGAAGUCUACAUACACAGAGAGCAAGUGGCUCUGCUCGCACUGAGGAUGAUAACAGACCAAGUUUGCCUGGUGCAGGAGGAGAAGGCUCAGGAGCAGCCAUGCCCAGGUUGCCAUCCUGCUGUCAGCAGCACUCUCCAUGCAGCGGCCCCUCUCCUGGACACACGUCCCUCAGCCACUCCCAUUCUAGCUGCUUGCAAGCGUCGUCCUCUCAGCAGACCGCCGGCUCCCAGCACAGCAAUACUCACCACUUUGUCCACCAUAUCCAUCACCCUGCACCGCAGCCACCAGGAACCCUACCCUUUCAAGAGCCGAGCUGUCCUGUGGAACGGCCCAGUGCUCUGCCUGCUCCCUGUGCUGGAGUCAACAACAGCAACGGCAGCAGCAGUAAUGCAGCCCACUAUCAUGACCAGCAAACCCUGCCAGUGGACCUGAGCAACAGCAGCAUUCGAGCCAGCGGAACUGGAAGCGCUAGUUUCCAUGGCAGCACGUCAGCUUUUGACCCGUGCAGCCCGGGCUCCUCUUCGCGGCCCCCUGCUUAUGGUUCACAUGCCAACCCUGGGCCCAGUCAGCCAGCUGUGGUGGACUCAUUCAGCUCCUCCAUGGUGGCUCAGCCACAGACACAACCUCAGCCCUGCAGACAUUACAUUCACCCUACCUAUGGUUCUCUAACCCGGUCGCUGCAUCAUCAAGCUUCCCCCGCCUGCCCUCACUCUCAUGGAAACCCCCAACUCACACCUCAGCCUCCUCUGCAAGGCGAGUUUCUCAUUCCCCACUCCUUCCAUACACCGUUGCCAUCUCACCCUCCAGGUCACUCCGUUCCCCCCGCGCCUCCCCCUCCCCUUUCGGCCCACCACCUCCCUACUUCAAGCGUCCCCCUGGCUCAGCACCUUCCUCCGGAUCACCAGAGCCUGCAGCACCACAUGCCACCUCUGGGUCCUUCGGUGCAAAGGAUCCAUCAUCACGACGUGCUGCAGAGGAUGGAGGUCCAGAGGAGGAGGAUGAUGCAGCAUCCUACGCGGGCGCAUGAGCGUCCACCUCCACAUCCCCACAGGAUGCACCCCAACUACGGCCAUGGACACCACAUCCACGUGCCACAGACUAUGUCUUCCCAUCCCCGCCAGCCCGAGCAAAGAACAACAUGGGAGCUUGGCAUCGAGGCUGGUGUUCCCGUGGCUUCAUACGCAUCAGGGCACCUGCAUUCUCAUCUCCCCCACUACCACCCUCCCCCGAGACUGCACCACUUCCCCAUCUCCUUAAUGCACACUACUGGCAUUUCUGAAGUGACCUACCCGCACAUUAGGUACAUCUCAUCUAGAAUGACUGGCUUUGGAAGAACCUACGAGGACCUGCUGCAUUUAGAGGAACGACUUGGGACUGUGAAUCGAGGAGCCUCUCAGGGAACCAUAGAGAGGUGCACCUACCCACACAAGUACAAGAAGAAGGUGUUGGAGAGAGACAUUGACCAACAGUUAACCCCUGAAGCUUGGGCAUCUAUUGGGAAAAAUAUGCACGCAACCCCAGAAUCGAGAAAGCUGCACGGCAAGCAAGACGAAGAUGAAGGGGCAGAUGAAGACACAGAGGAGAAGUGUACCAUCUGCCUGUCAAUACUGGAGGAGGGGGAGGAUGUCAGGCGCCUGCCAUGCAUGCACCUCUUCCAUCAGCUGUGUGUGGAUCAGUGGCUCCUCACCAAUAAAAAGUGCCCCAUCUGCAGAGUGGACAUUGAGGCCCAGCUUUCUGCCGAGAGUUGAUGCUGUUUUCCCCCUACAACAACUUUUGUUUGUUUGGAAUUUAUUUUCAGAUCAUAUUAACUUUCUCUUCAGUACUGCAGUCAACCAAAGAUGGCAUGAAUUACCUGCGCAGCUCAACUACGAGCAAAAAAAGAAAAAAAGAAUAGACAACAAAAAAAAAAAAAAGCAUCGAGCCUGGAGUGCCAGCUCUCACAUAGUAGAACAACUAGAUUUCUUCACUUUGAAUUUAAGAUUUUAUUGUAUUUAUGAAGCUUUUAUGUAGCUUUUGAUUGUUUCCUCAAGUGUCAUUUCCGUUUUGUUUCUCUGCAUGUUUCCUUGCAAUGCAUUUCUUUGCACAUUUAACGUGGGCUUACACAGCCUAGUGAUUUGCAGGUGAGGGGCGCUGCUCUAGUAAAGAUGCAUUUCCGCAAACCUAAUGCCUUGCUUUACUAGAAUAGAAUGUCAACCUUCAGUUGAAAAAACAUUGCAGGAUUCAUCUUACCAGUCAUUGUAUUGAUUAGUUUAUGUUUAGCAGAUGUGGGUUGUUAGUGAAAGAUGUUUUUUGUUUUUUAAGUAAAUCAAGACAUUCCUCACAAAGGAAAUACGUUAACAGAUCAGCUGCUGUAUUAGUGCACACCCAGUAUUUCAAGAGUGGAAAUUGACUCCAUGGUUCACCUCAUUCCCAGGAUAUGCACAUGCUUUAUUACAAUAAAAACACCCUCCUGCACCUUCAUUCAACGACGGCACCGUUAUCAUCAUUAUCAUCAUCAUCAUCCCGUGUAUUUUAGGGAGCAAGGAAAAGAAUGUCACAUCCCUCUCUUGACUGUUGUUUCCAAACUGAGCGUUUGUCGGGAACUGCUGUGAAUCUUUUUUUUUUCUCUUUUCUUUCGGGGUUCUACCCACAGACAGACGUGCAAAGCCUAACUAAGGUUUUUUUUUUUUUUUUGUGAGAUAAUCUCAGGCCUACAUGUGUUGAAGAGAUUUGAAAAAUGGUGAUCAUGCUGUUAAAUUGAUAGUGGCAGUGGCGAUGACUUUUUGAUCUCCUGUGUGCGUGCGUGUGCGUUCAGAGGGGAAAAACACAGCUCAAGUUUAGAUUUACCGUUUGUUCUCGCACUUCUGAUUUAGCCACCAUCCCUUUUUGUCUCUCUGUAGUUGAGCAGCAUUGUUAAUCUUGGAUGCUGCAGAAAGAGGAAGGAAAAACAACAAAAACACUAAUACUGUUGACUAACUCACUCGCAUAGACUUGCACAAGAGAGAAAACGGUAGAUUAGUUGUGAACCUGACUGCGCUGAGGCCAUGUGUUUCCACUCCAAUAAUAAGAAAGAAAAAAAAAAAGGAAAAAAUGUUUUAAAUUGAGUGUUGAAAUGCAGUACUUAAAGCAGGUAUCCAUGCAUUCAUUGACUUAAAGGCACCAGGAUCAUAAUAUUAUGUGGGAUUUAUAUUAGUUUUGAAAAUAAUAUUAAUAAACUUGGAUAACUCUU